AUGGGACGUGAAGGACACGCUGCUGCGGCGUGGCCACUGGGCGAGAGUUAUGCGGCCGAGGCCCGGGCUCACGGGGUGCAGGUGCACCCAGAGGCUCUCGGUCGAGCUUUCCAGGAGGUGUACAGAGCCCAGAACCAGCGCUUCCCCAACUACGGCCAGGACCAGGGGCUGAGCUCCCAGCAGUGGUGGGUGGACCUUGUGAAGCAGACCUUCAGGCUCACGGGUGUGCAUGAAGACGGGCUUCUAACGCUGAUGGCAGAAAACCUCUACCGCGACUUCUGCAGCGCCCGCAACUGGGAGGCGCUGCCGGGAGCCAGCGAGACCCUGAGCCAGUGCUGCCAGCGCGGCUUCCGCAUGGGGGUCAUCUCCAACUUCGAUAACCGGCUGGAAAACAUCCUCACCCAGUGCAACCUGCGGCACCACUUCGAAUUCAUCCUCACCUCUGAGAGCGCAGGCUUUGCCAAACCGGACAGGAGGAUUUUUAAGCAAGCCUUGCACCUGAGCGGGGUCCCCCCGGAGCAGGCGGCUCACAUAGGGGACGACUACAGCCGGGAUUACAGCGCAGCGCGCGCCGUGGGCAUGCACAGCUUUCUGCUUCAGCCUGGUGGGCAGGGCAAGGAGCUGGAGGUGCCCCCCGAGGACGUCCUGCCCACGCUCAGCCACCUCCUGGCUCUGAUUGAGAAGGGGUAG